CCAGCCAACAAGCGCGGAGUGUGCGCAGGUCAACCCAGCGAUGGAAUCUUGGCGCCCUUGACAUUUGACUUAACUUUAGAUGAAUAUUGAGGCCCGUCGCAGCCUUAUGGACAAGGUGAGAGAGAAGUUAUCGUGGCAGCGUUGGAGAAGUGUUGAAGAAAGUGUUGGAGAAGAGAGCUGAGGAAGAAAGUGUUGGAGAAGAGAGCUUAGGAAGAAAGUGUGAUCAUGUUGGCCAGACUGAACCUGGUGAUCCCACAAGCGCUGGUCAGGCUGCUGGUGCUGGCCAUGCUCAAGGGCGGCGGACAGUUCAACUAUGACCACUCCACCAACCUGCUUCCUCAGUAUGACUUUAUCGUCGUGGGGUCCGGGUCGGCUGGCAGCGUGGUAGCGUCACGGUUGGCGGAGGUACAAGGAUGGAAGGUUUUGGUGCUGGAGGCGGGGGGGCCGCCGCCCCCGGAGUCUCAGGUGCCCGGGUUUAAUGUCUUCCUCAUGCAGAGUGACGCAGACUGGAACUACCGCACAGUGCCCCAGAAACACGGACUUCUCAACUAUAAGAAUAAUGCGUGUCCCUUCCCCCUAGGCAGAGUGGUGGGCGGGUCGGCCUCCAUCAACUGGAUGAUGUACGUGAGAGGCAACAAGCGGGACUACGACAACUGGGUCGCCCUCGGCAACCCUGGCUGGGACUACCGCACCGUACUCAAGUAUUUCAAGAAGUCGGAACACUACAGAGGCUCCCGUAACUCCCACACAGCGGACGAGUACCACGGUCACAAUGGUCCCAUCUCUGUGGAGGACAAGAGGUGGGGGUCACCCCUCCUGGCCGGAUACCUCAAAGCCGGCCAGCAGCUCGGCUACCCUAUAGUCGACCCCAACGGACCCGACCAGAUCGGAUUCUCGGUGGCAGACAUGACACAAGAGAAGGGACGGAGGUCAUCAGUGGUAGAGGGGUACCUCAGACCCGCCCUGGAAGGUGGCAACCUGCACAUUGUUCCACGUGCACUUGUUACCCAGAUUCUUUUUGAUGAGAAGAAACGUGCAAUUGGAGUUCGGUUUGAGCACCAAGGAAAGGUUCGUACAGUGUUGGCCAAGCGGGAGGUGGUGGUGUCAGCCGGUGCUGUUGGCUCUCCACACCUGCUCUUGGUGUCUGGUGUUGGCCCGGCUCAACACCUCCGUCAACAUAAUAUCCCGGUAAUAGUGGACUUGCCUGGAGUUGGCCACAAUCUCCAGGACCAUCCAUCCAUCUUUGGUCUCACAUGGACUGUCAACCCAGGUUCUGCCUCCAGUAUCCUCAAUAUAGCAAAUCCUGCUCACAUCAAGAACUAUCUCAACAACAGGCAAGGUCCUCUAACAAGUCCGAUGGGUGUGGAGGGGAACGCCUGGAGCCUGGCAGAGGAGGGUGACCCGUACUGGCCUGAUCUUCAGUACCUCUUCAUCUCUGCUACUCCAGCUGCUGAUGCAGGACUCCUCUUAGCUGAUGUGAUUGGUUUUAAGAGAGAUUUCUUCCAGAAGUACUUUGGCCCUAUUAAGGGCCAUGAUGGAUUCAACAUAGGACCCAUGUUAACUCGACCAAAGAGUCGUGGGACUGUAAAGUUGAGGUCUCGAAACCCCCACGACCCUCCACUCAUUGACCCUAAUUUCCUCAGCCAUCCAGACGAUAUCACCACCUUUAUACGAGGUAUAAAGUUUGCUCUUGCGAUAGGCAACACCCAAGCUCUGAAGGAUGACCAUGGAGCAAAAUUCUACAAUACGGUGUUGCCUGGAUGUGAAAAAGAGGUGUACGGUUCUGACAGCUAUUGGGCAUGCUUUACCCGUCACAUGGCCCAGACAACAUUCCAUCCAGUAGGUACAUGCAAGAUGGCCCCACCUUCUGACCCUUAUGGUGUUGUUGAUCACACACUCAAGUUACGAGGGAUUUCAGGGCUACGUGUAGUGGAUGCUUCAAUCAUGCCAGUAAUCGUGUCUGGCAACCUGAAUGCUCCAGUUAUUAUGAUUGGAGAAAGAGCCGCUGAUCUUAUUAAACAAGACUGGGACGUCGCCAUAUAAUUGUUGUAAAAUGACAAUCCUCGAUACACACAACUCCCGAUACAAUUUUGACCACAGUGUAGGUGAAUUUUAUAUAUGAACAUAGCUCAUGGAAUGCUGAAACCAGAAGAACCAUGAAAACUUUGUCAAGCACUUUUGCCAUUAAGGUAUGUCCAGGACAUACAGUAUUACAAAAUGUGUGUUGACUCAAGCAAGCCAAAGUGAAGUCAACAGAAGGAUCACAUCACGUUUGUAAAUUACUAUUUAUGUAAUGUCUUAGCUUGUAUAUUUGCUUCAAAGUAACAUAUAUGCAUUAAU